AUGUUGCGACAGCCCGAGCCAUCCUUGCAAAGCCCCUUAAGGAAUGUUCAGGAGGUUUUAGACUUCAAUGAGUGUCUCACUGAAGCUACAACAGAAGCUCUGGUACAGGACCUUAUGUCCUACGGUUCAAGGUCAUUAAAUUUGACUGUGAAAGGCAUGAUGGCCUAUAUAAUGAGCAAUCAAGCUGCGUGCGAGUUCAGCAUGUAUGGCUGUAAGGGCAAGCUGAAAUUCAGAGAAAUUAGGUUCACCAAAAUUGUGCUCUCGGCUGUUCAGUGGACACGCCACCACAAGGAGUGCACACUCGACGACGUCCACCAGAUAAAGGAGUGGCUGCGCAGGGCCAAAGAAAGAUGUGCAGCCAGUGAAAAGAGCUCCAAGACUGAAAUGCAGGACUAAUGAGUUUUUUUUCUUUCUGAAAC